AUGCCGAAGCUUCUCGGUUCGCUCGUGCUUGUCGCCUUGGCGGCUUGCGCACUGGCAUCCCCCGUCGCCGAGCCCGCCAUUACUGAGGCCCCCAGCCUUGCCAAGAGAGCUACGAGCUGUACGUUCUCGGGCUCGUCGGGUGCCUCAAGUGCAAGCAAGUCUCAGAAAUCUUGUUCGACUAUAAUCCUGUCCAAUGUUGCCGUUCCUUCCGGGACAACGCUGGAUCUGAGCGACUUGGAAGAUGAUACCACGGUCAUUUUCGAGGGAGAAACAACUUGGGGCUACGAGGAAUGGGAUGGGCCUCUACUCCAAAUCUCCGGCUCAGGCAUUACUAUCAAAGGUGCCAGCGGAGCUUAUCUCAAUCCCGACGGUGCCCGUUGGUGGGACGGUGAAGGCAGUAACGGCGGAGUGACCAAGCCUAAGUUCUUCUACGCCCAUGAUCUCACCGACUCGACAAUCACCGAUCUAUAUAUUGAGAACACCCCUGUCCAAGCGGUCAGCAUCGCUGGCUGUGAUGGGUUGACUAUCACCGAUAUGACAAUUAACAAUGAAGCGGGUGAUGACGAAGGUGGUCAUAAUACCGAUGGUUUUGACAUUGGUACCAGCUCCAAUGUUGUAAUCACAGGCGCCAAUGUCUACAACCAAGACGAUUGUGUUGCCGUGAACUCCGGAACUGAUAUUACUUUCAGUGGCGGUGUUUGUUCUGGCGGCCACGGUCUAUCUAUUGGGAGUGUUGGUGGUCGGAGUGACAACACAGUAGAUACAGUGACCUUUGAAAACUGUGAAGUCAAGAACUCUGUUAAUGGUAUUCGCAUCAAGGCUACUGAGGGCGACACUGGUUCCAUCACUGGUGUCACCUAUUCAGAAAUUACUCUGAGCGCUAUUUCGGAUUACGGUAUCCUGAUCGAGCAGAAUUAUGAUGGUGGUGAUCUGAAGGGAGACCCUACUAGUGGUAUUCCCAUCACCGAUCUCACCAUUGAGAAUAUUUCUGGCGCCGACGCGGUGGAUUCGGAUGGCUACGACGUUGUUAUUGUCUGUGGCUCUGGCGCUUGCUCUGAUUGGACCUGGACCGACGUUAAUGUCACUGGUGGUAAGACCUACAGCGACUGUGAGAAUGUUCCUAGCGUCACAAGCUGCUCUUAA